AUGAUUGCAAAUUCUCCUCGAGAGCUCAGCCUCUCCGCUGGGUCCCUGCAGCUGGAGCGCAAGAGGAGGGAUUUCACCUCAUCUGGGACGCGGAAGUUCUUCUUUGACACCCAUGCCUUAGUCUGCUUACUUGAAGAAAAUGGGUUUACCACCCAGCAAGCAGAGAUUGUCGUGUCUGCGCUGGUCAAGAUCACAGACGCCAACUUGGACAUCGUCUACAGAGAUAUGGUCCACAAGACGCAGCAGAAAAUCAAGCUUGAACUGCUUCAGUUGAAACAACAAGUGAUGGAUGAAGUGAUCAAAGUCCGAACGGAUACCAAAUUAGACUUCAGCCUCGAAAAGAGCAGAGUGAAAGAACUGUAUUCGUUGAAUGAAAGGAAGCUGCUCGAAAUGAGGACAGAAGUUGUGGCUUUGCAUGCGCAGCAGGAUCGCGCGCUCACUCAGACCGACCGGAAGAUUGACACGGAGGUUGCCGGCCUUAAAACCAUGCUCGAGUCGCACAAGCUUGAUAAUAUUAAGUAUUUAGCAGUCAUAAACACUGAUGGAAUUCUGCACUAG